AAUCCAAAAACCAAAACAAAUCUUUGGCAAUUUCAUAAAUUUACGUUUUUAUCAAAUAAUAAACGCUUUCAAAAUGCACCGCUCCCAUCCGAGUAUUAGUCGCCGCAAGCACCUGAUGAAGGAAAUGAUGGAGGACGACUAUGCGCUGCCCACGGAGCAGCAGCAGAUCGUGCGUGUGGUCAGCAGCCGGGGAAACAAUCUCCACGAGGUGGAAACGGCCAAGAGCGAGGCGGAGGAGAACUUUUGGGUGAUUUCCAUGCCCAACAAAUUCCGCAAAAGUAUGUGGGUGAAACGUGGUGAUUUCCUCUAAUAGAACCCAUCGAAGAAGGACAAAGUCAAGGCCGAAAUCUGUAAAAUCCUUACCACCGACCAUGUCAAGAAACACCAAGCUGGCAUUUGGCCGGAAAAGUUUGCCAAAAAACCCGCGCAGGAAGAGGAGCUACCAAACCAAAAUCAAGAGGAUUCCGAUUUCGAGGAUGAUCUGCCCAACACAAAUCGUCCGCAGGAAUCCUCUGAAGAGGAAGAGGACGACGAGGAUACGUCCAGCGAUGAAGACUGA